CUGUUCCACUACACAGGCUCAAAUUACAUCGUCGCCAUGGGUCAAGAUGAAGUCGGUUUGGAGGUCCUCCCCCCUCCUCCAGGCUACUCAACCUCAAACCAAGAUGAGGGUUUUGUCAUGCCAACAUCUUUCACCAUCCAUAAGCAAGGCGAUUCGGAGGUUAAAUUUAACAUACGCGGCAACUCCGGCAGCACGCCGCUCUCAAUCGCAUGCACAUACAAAAACACAGAAGACGAUUUCGAAGCCAGAGUAAACCUUCUCCUUCGCACAGAUGAAAACGCAUCGCCACUAGCAACAGUAAAAUACUCCCGCCACGGCGCUGAGCUAGAAUUCACCAACACAUCUCCUCCUUCAAAUAUCACCAUGUACUACCGCCUCUUGGGCGAUAGAAACGCAACACAUUCAUUCAACGUCAACACCCCACAGCGAACGGGUUUUGAGUGGAGGAAUCUUGGUGAUGGCGAAGGAUGGAAAUUGUACAUGGGUUCGAGGCUUGAAGUGCUGGCGAUAGGUACUUUGAAUAUGGGCUCGGAUAAACCUACGAGAUUUGAGUUUACGGAUUUAGAGAUGGUGAAGGAGUUAGAUGAGCAGUGUAAAUUGGUAAUUAUUGCGUCGUGGUUGAGGAUCUGGGAUAAAGUGAGGAUUCAAUUUAGACGGUCGCCUGAUGAAGGGGAGGCGGAGAUGAUAUUAUGUAGCUGCGGCUUGUGUGUAAUUCUGUAGCGCCGCCGCUUUAGCAAUCUUUAUACCAGGUACUUCAACGCAUAAAACAAGCUUGAAAUGGAUAUAUCGUUGAUCCGCCCCGGUGAUAUCGUCUUGUGGCGAGAAAUCUAGCGAAAAUAUACAACCA